AUUGUUUUGAAAUGUUAAAGCGAAAGCGGAUAACCGCGAUAACGGCCCUUUGUUUAUGUUUUUGAAAAUUGUUGAAAACAGUAGUAUUUUUGAAUAAGUAGAUUGUUAAGACAAUUGUAGGACAUGUAUAUCAAGUCCAUUGUAUUAGAUGGUUUCAAAUCCUACGGUCAGCGAACAGAAAUCAACCAUUUCGAUGAUCGCUUCAAUGCUAUCACUGGACUCAAUGGCAGUGGAAAAUCAAAUAUUCUCGACUCCAUUUGCUUCGUUCUGGGAAUCACCAAUCUUACACAUGUUAGAGCGGCUAGCUUGCAAGAUCUUAUUUACAAAAGCGGUCAAGCUGGGGUGAACAAAGCCACAGUGUCCAUCACUUUUGAUAACACAAAUCCCUCACAAUGCCCUCCAGGUUUCGAAAACAACAAAGAAAUCACAAUAACCAGGCAAGUUGUGAUGGGAGGGAAACACAAGUAUAUGAUAAAUGGAGCUAAUGUUCCUAAUAAGAAAGUGCAGGAUCUGUUUUGUUCCAUUCAACUGAAUGUAAACAACCCCCAUUUCUUGAUUAUGCAGGGAAAAAUCACCAAAGUACUCAGUAUGAAGGCUAAUGAGAUUUUAGCAAUGGUUGAAGAAGCUGCAGGUACUAGGAUGUAUGAGGUAAAAAGACAGGCUGCUCAAAAGACAAUUGAAAAGAAAGAUGCCAAACUCAAAGAACUCAAAGCAAUUUUUGAUGAUGAAAUUGCUCCUAAACUCACCAAAUUGCGUCAAGAAAGAGAACAGUUUCUGGAGUUUCAGCAAGUUGACAGAGAGUUAGAGAGAUUGCUAGCCCUCUAUCAAUGUUGGCAGUACUUUCAGUCAAAAAGGGUGGUUAAUAAUGCUGCUAAAAAUUUGGAAGAUGGUCAGGCUAAGAUCACAGCCCUAGAGGAAAACAUUGAAAAGAACAUUGCAACUGCCAAUGAUCUUGAUAAAGAAAUCACUGAACUCACCAGUAAUACAGAAUCUGAAGCAAGUAAGCAACUCAAGCACCUUGAAGAACAGCUGAAAGAAAAGGAGAAACAAGAAGCGAAAUCGAACGCCUCGCUGAAAUCCUCGAAGGACGAGAUCAACACCGAGGAGAAGAAGCUAAAUCAGCUGAGGAAGAACUUGGAGGACGACAGGAAAGCUCUGGCUGCCAAAGAGCAGGAGCUGGGCAAAGUACAGGGCAUGUUUGAAGCGCUGAAAGGGAAUGACGAGCGGGAUACGGAGGCUUUCGCUUUGUCCCAGCGCAAGUUCGAGGCUGUCAGUGCCGAGCAGUUCAUGCGCGCCAAGGAGGAGGCUGCCAAGGCGGACACCGAGAGCAAGCAGGCGUCGAUGCAGCUGACGUCCUGCCAGGCGCAGCUGGCCGAGAAGCAGCGCGGGCUCGGCGCCAACUCGGCGGACUUCGAGAAGGACAGGGGGCUGCUGGGGCAAAAGGAGAAGGAGACCAACAUCGGAAAACUCAACUUCUCCGAGCAACGGAUGCACGAGCUGACAGAGAAAAGGCGGCACCUGAAUCAAGAGACGCGCGGUAUGCGCGAUCGCGUCGACAACUUUUACGCGCGCCGACCGUUCAUGAACUUCCAAUACUCCGAUCCGGAGCCGAACUUCGACAAGCGAUCGGUCAAAGGGAUGGUCUGCAACCUGAUCGAGUGCGAGGAUCCGGCGACUUGUCUCGCCCUGGAAACGGCAGCCGGCGGAAGGCUGUAUAAUGUUAUCGUCGAUAACGAAGUUACUAGUAAGAAGCUUUUGAAAAACGGUAGACUACAGCAGAGGACAACUUUCAUACCUCUCAGCCAAAUUCGAGCGGGCAAAAUGGAUAACAACGUCAUACGUAAAGCACAGCAAUUGGUGGGCGAGGAAAAUUGCAAACCAGCCCUCUCCCUUAUUAGAUACGACAAAGGCCUCCAGAAGGCGAUGGAGUUCAUUUUCGGCAAUGUGUUCAUUUGCAAGGACAUAAACGUCGCCAAACAGAUCAAGAAAAAGUGCGUCACUCUAGACGGUGACGUCACUGAUCCAUCGGGUACGCUGAGCGGUGGUGCCCCGCAAAGGGGCGGCAGUGUUCUGUUGCAAUUGGCAGAGAUAUUGGAGUGUCGGAACCAACUGACUGGCAAAGACAGAGAAUUCGAAAGAGUCAACGCUGAGUUAGAUCAAUUGAGCAGGGUACAGGAGAAUUAUAAUUCUCUGAAAGAGAGACUGGAUUUGAACAGACACGAACUGAAUCUGUUGAAACAAAGACUCCAGCAAACGACACAUCAUAGACAACAGGAAGAGGAAAAGGUGAAAUCCUGCAAAGACAUGGCCUCUAGAUGCAACCAAAAAGCCAAAGAGCUGGAAGCUAAAAUGAAGGACGCCAAAGGCUACCGAGACAGGCAGCUGAAAGAGGCCGAGGCCGAAAUGAAGAAGCUGAAACAGAAGGCGGACAAGAGCAAGAAGGAGUGGAAGCAGCGAGAGCAGGACUACGAGACGCUGAAGAUGGAGAUAGCGGAGUUGAAAACGGGGAUCGUAAACGUGGAGGCCCAGCUGCAAGGGUGCCAGGAAAGUUUGGAGCAGUUGAAGGGGAAGCACGAGGAGAUGUCGGGAGGCAUGAGAAACAAUCCCAAUCUGGAGAAAGCCGAGGAACUUUCCCACAAAGAAGGUUUGGAAUUGGAAUCGAGGGUGAAAACUAUCCAAGAAAAAAAACAGAAGCUGGGCAGGGUCGUGAACACGAAAGCACAAAGUAUGUUUGAACAGGAGGAAAAAUUGUACAACGAAUUGAGAAGGAAGGAACGAAUCGUGGAAUCGGACAAGAAAAAAAUCUUGGAGACGAUAGAGACGAUGGACAGGCAGAAAGAGGUGACCCUGAAGUUGGCUUACGAGCAAGUGUCGAAAGAUUUCGAUCUUCAGCAGUACAAAGAAUCGGAAAAAAAGGUACAUGAACAACUCUACAACAAUUUAUACUUGUUAUCCCAUUGCUACCCCACAUGUACUGAUUUCAAAAGAAUUUUCAAGAAGGACAUGUUCCAUAAAAACAACAAGGCUGCUUUCUAUCAAGUUGUGUAUUACCUACUAGACAUCCUGAAUCCCCAGCUCACCAAAGAUAAAUUGACGACCUGGCCUCCAUAUGAAAUUAAACUUGAAAACAAAUUUCGAAGUGAACUGUUGAGAUACAUUAACGAAUUGAAUAAUCUUUAUGGUAAUGCGGACAUUCCACCCAUAAUGCCUUCCCAAUUGAUAUCCCCAGGUGGUUACAAGUUCACCAAAUUCAUGUUGAAGUUGUCUCAAUUGGUUCUGUCUGAACAUGUGAGGAAAACAAAUGGCUUUCUGCUACAUACUUUGAAACCUAGUAAAAGUCCAACUAUAACAGAAGCUUCCAUUGAAAGUAUGAAGAAGCAAGUUGCAACUAUUGAGAAUAACAAUCGGUUGCAGUUAGACACAUUUAAAAGGUUUCAAGAAGAGCUUAAGUUGAAAGCAGUGUCUACGGUCGAAAAUUCCAGCAAAUUGGAGGAAAAGACUGUGGAAGCCAAGAACAAACUCUUGCAAAUCAAAGAGGAGUUCUACAGGAAAUACCCCAACUAUCCCAGUUUGAACAGCUUGAAAGAAAAAUUCUUGGUUUUAAAAAAGGAAUGGGAUAAUUUGCAAAAUAUUCAUGUACUAUUUGCAGAGGCAGAAACUUUACUAACAUAUUUGAAAGGAGAUGAUUCAGUGUUGGAAAACAAAGAAGACUUGAAAUUCCCAGCUGAACUAGAAUGUGACCUGAAGAGCUCAACUGAACUUGAUUUGAUUGCAUUUUUCCAUGGAAUUGACCUAAUACUUCAGAGAAAAUCAUUGGAACUUCCCAAUCCAACCAAUGCCUUCAUUGAUAAAAAUAUUGAGGAACUGCAAAAAUUAAAUGAAACUUUUUCACAGCAAGAGAAAGAACUUGUUGAGAGAAAUUUGCAAACUGAAAGUCUUUUGAAUAAUAUGCAGGAAAGUUUGAAAUAUAUCAAUGAUCUGAUUACUGUGCCACAAAAAAGUGAUGAUCAUCAGAAUGCAAUAGAACCGAUGCAAGUAGACGCUCCUCCAGAAGACAACGAUAACAAUGAGGAAGAUAACUACAUAGUGGAAAAUCCUUCCCUAGACCUAGAGGUUUAUGCCAACAGCUACAUAGGAUUGACCAAGCUAUACCGUCUGAUCUAUAUAAUAGAUCAUUGCCCGUCACUGAGACUAGAAGCCCUCAAAACAGCCAUAUCCUAUGUUAUGUCUACCUAUAAUGUCAACCUGUACCAAGUUUUACACCAGAAGUUAGGGGAGGUCACAACAGCCAUGAGUGUUCCUGAUGUUGCUGCUCCAUCAACAUCUCAAGACAUACCAGUUAUUGAUAAUUUGUGGAUGGAGACUCGAUCUAAAAAAGCGGCACUCAAGCUGGAAAAGUUGGACAAUGACUUGAAGAAUUACAAGUCAAAUUCCAUCAAGGAAAGCAUUCGGAGAGGCCAUGAUGAUUUGGGGGACCACUAUCUGGACUGUGGAGAUUUGUCUAAUGCUUUAAAAUGCUAUUCAAGGGCUAGAGACUAUUGUACUAGUGGGAAGCAUGUUGUCAAUAUGUGUUUGAAUGUGAUCAAAGUUUCUGUUUACCUGCAAAAUUGGUCUCAUGUUUUGAGUUAUGUAUCAAAAGCAGAAAGUACUCCAGACUUUUCAGAAUCACAGUCCAAAGACUCCAAUCAGAUCAUACUUACCAAGCUCAAGUGUGCUGCAGGCUUAGCAGAAUUAGCCACAAAGAAGUAUAAGUCAGCUGCCAAACAUUUUCUACUAGCCAAUUUGGAUCACUGUGAUUUUCCAGAGCUAUUGUCCCCUAGCAAUGUUGCUAUGUAUGGGGGUCUAUGUGCUCUUGCUACUUUUGAUCGCCAUGAAUUACAGAAAAAUGUUAUUUUCUCCAGUUCCUUCAAGCUGUUUUUAGAACUGGAACCACAGCUCAGAGAUAUAAUAUUCAAAUUCUAUGAAUCUAAGUAUGCUUCCUGUCUCAAACUGCUGGACGAAAUAAAAGACAAUUUGUUGUUGGACAUGUACAUUGCCCCCCAUAUCCAGGCGCGCAUCGAUUCGCACAACAAGAUCCUGUUCGCCAAGGACGUGGACCAGCGGAGCACCACCUUCGAGAAGAGCCUGCUGAUGGGACGGGAGUACCAGAGGCGGACGCGCAUGCUCAUUCUGCGAGCCGCCGUUCUGAAGAACAAGAUCCACGUCAAGAGUCCACAAAGAGAGUCUGGACAAACUGGAGAAAUCACCGUCGCUCCAGGUACAAGUACUGUGUUGACUGCGCGUAGUUAAUUUUCGAACUGUGUUAAUUUUUGAGCCAUGUAUCAUAAUUUUGUUGCGAGAAUCAAAUUUGUUUCAUAUUUAGAAUGUCUAUAAUAUACCUACUCGCUGGUCUC